AUGCCGACAGAAUUUAUCAGCUUGACGUUCCCCAACGCAUCCACGGAGAUCAAUCCAAUUCCCAAUCCUUCGAUUGAUCCUGAUUAUCUUGUCCGCUAUGCGCGGACGCUGGACGACUAUGGCUUCAAUUACACGUUAGUGCCUUAUGAUUCAUCCUAUUUUGACCCCUUCACCAUCGGUGCGACAAUUGCUUCGGUGACCAAAAACAUCAAAGUCAUCAUUGCACUUCGACCAAACACAUUAUAUCCGACCGUGGCCGCGAAGGCCCUUGCGACUCUAGAUCAACUCAGCUCAGGCCGGGUGGUUGUCCACUUCAUCGCUGGGGGUAGCGAUGCCGAACAGGCCAAAGAGGGCGACUUUCUAACCAAGGAGCAGCGGUAUGCACGCUUGGAGGAAUAUAUCCGGAUUCUGCGCCGCGCAUGGGAGUCUGCGGAGCCCUUCGAUUGGGAGGGCACGUAUUACCAGUUCAAGCAGUUCAGCAACAAAGUCCGACCGACCAAUGGGACCAUCACUGUGUCUGUGGGAGGAUCCUCCGAUGAGGCAUACCGCAUUGGAGGAUCGCUGGCUGACAUCUUCGGACUCUGGGGAGAACCACUGAAGGAAACGAAGGAGCAGAUCGAUCGCAUCUAUGCCGAGGCGGCACGUGCGGGGCGGCCCGGGACCGACCGGCCUCGGAUUUGGGUCACUUUCCGGCCCAUCCUCGCCGAAACUGAUGAGCUCGCCUGGGCCAAGGCGCAUCGCACGCUGGAUGCGUUAACAGAGAACCGAGCCAAGGGUCAGGGAAAGGCACCCGCUGGUGCUCCGCCUCCACAAAAUGUCGGUUCUCAACGGCUCCUUGAUAUUGCCAAGCGUGGUGAAGUCCAGGACCGUGCGCUGUGGUAUCCUACCGUCACGGCAACGAAUGCGCGAGGAGCGUCAACUGCACUGGUUGGAUCUCCACAGACCAUUUCCGACUCGAUUCUCGACUAUGUGGAUCUUGGGGCUGAUCUUAUUUCUAUUCGGGGCUACGACAACCUCAACGAUGCCAUUGACUAUGGACGCUAUGUGCUGCCAAAGGUUCGUCAGGCUUUGAAGGAACGAGAGACUGGCUCUGCAGCCUGA